AUGUGUUUAAAUUGUGGGCAUCCAGCCGUACCAUUAAAUUCAAAAGUUAAACUUUCAAAUGAGAAUUUAAGUCCAGGUACUACGGCAACCUACACAUGUGACCCUGGAUACGAAUUGUUCGGGUCGUCUGUGAGAACGUGUUUGAGUGAUGGAACGUGGAAGGAUGAAAUACCUUUUUGCGGUACGAACGUUGCUUUUCGUAAACCCGCAAAUCAAUCGACGACGGUCAGAGGUGGAAAUGCGGGUAAUGGAAAUGACGGACAAAAAUCGACCAUUCACGAUGGUAAACAAUGUACGGAAACGUUAAAAGAAGCAUCACCUUGGGCGAUUAAAAUAAUAAAUUACGUUGACCUUCUUCGUCCUUAUCCCAUAAAAGUGGUAAGAGUAACCACAAGAGGUUGUUGCGGUCAUCAACCACUUAAAGAUAUUGAAAUCCGAGUGGGUAACAGUAGUUUCGAUUUACAAAAAAAUCCACUUUGCGCUUGGUUUCCGGGAACGAUAGAAGAAGGAAUAACAAAAACUUUUACUUGUGCGAGAACAUUAAUCGGUCAAUUUGUUUUUCUUCAAUUAGUCGGAGUCGACGGUUCUCUUUCCCUUUGCGAAGUCGAAGUUUUUUCAACAGGCGAAUUUUCAAGCGAUCGUUGUGCUCCGCCGGGUGCGUCCGCCGAUGCAGAUCUUUCAUCAUUCGACAGAACUUGUUUCGAAUUUAGCGUGACCAAGGGUGGAUCAUUCGAAGUCGCGAGAACUUAUUGUAAAAAUCACGGCGGGGAUUUAAUACACGGUUUAGGAGGACCGGUAAACACGUUUCUCUUGUCGGAACUCGAAAGAAGAAAACCAAAAUUAAAAACUCAAUUGGUUUGGAUAGGAGUGCAAAAAGACGAAGGAAUAACGUCGAGAACGUGGAAAUGGGUGGACGGUCAAGUUGUAUCGAAACCAUCUUGGGGUAAAGAUCAACCGAACAAUUACAACGGCGAACAAAAUUGUGCGGUUUUAGACGGUGGUAGAAAUUGGUUAUGGAACGACGUGGGAUGUAAUUUGGAUUACCUUCAUUGGGUUUGCCAAUAUCAACCAUCGGGUUGCGGAAGUCCGGACAAGGAAGCAAAUACGACGAUAACAGGAAACGGAUACAAUUCUGGAUCUGUUAUUAAAUAUAAUUGUCCAGAGGGUCACAUGCUCGUUGGUUCGGAGACGAGAACGUGUACUCCGGAAGGAUUUUGGUCGGAUUUUGCACCAACUUGUAAAUAUGUCGAUUGCGGUCCGUUGCAAAGUAUAGAACACGGAUCGGUACAACUUCAAAAUGGUAAAACCACGUUUGGAGCCGUUGCGAUUUAUUCGUGCCACGAAAAUUAUACUCUGAUAGGAAAGGAAAAAAGAAUUUGCGGUGACGGUGGUGAAUGGACGGAACAAGUUCCGCAAUGUCUUCUUGACUGGUGUCCGGAACCGCCCAGCGUUCACGGUGGAAAAGUCGAAGUCAGUGGUAGACGUGCAGGAUCGGUUGCAACAUACACCUGCCAAUCCGGUUUUAUACUUUUCGGGAGUCCGGUCUUGUCGUGCGGAUUGGGUGGUGACUGGUCAGGAAAAGCACCGACAUGUAAAUUUGUCGAUUGCGGAGCACCUCCGAAUAUAGAUAACGGACAGUAUUCACUUCUCAACGACUCGACAACAUUCGGAAGCAUUGUCGAGUACACGUGUUCGGAUGAUUAUUGGUUGGAAGGACAGAAAAAACAAAUUUGUACGAGAGAGGGAAAAUGGUCUGCGGAUGCUCCAUCAUGCGAACUAAUCACUUGCGACGAACCGGAAGUACCAAGUGGAAGUUACGUCGUAGGUUACGAUUUUAACAUUCAUUCGAAUAUCGAAUAUCAUUGCGAAGUUGGACACAUACUAAGAGGAGAGUCUACUCAUCAAUGCACGCAAACUGGAGAAUGGUCUGGAUCUCCACCGGUUUGCGAAUUUAUCGACUGCGGUAAAGUUCCUCCAAUGCUUUACGGUGCUGUUGCAUAUACCAAUAGCACAACUUAUUUGGGAAGCGAAAUUAGGUACAGUUGCGUGAAAAAUUACAGAUUGGCCGGACCAUCUGUUAGAUAUUGUAUGGAAAAUAAACAAUGGAGUGAGGGUUCGCCCAAAUGUGAAGAAAUUCGAUGUCCAGAGCCGAUCGUUGCAGAACAUAGCAUUCUUUCGGUUACGGGAAACGACAGAGUCUAUGGAAGAACUUUGAUAAGAACAUCGGAUUCGGAAAAGUCGUACACGACUUACAAAAUCGGAGCUCUUGUGAAAUAUCGUUGCGAAAGAGGAUACAAAAUUAUCGGUGAAUCUCUGAGUACUUGUGAAGAUACCGGAAAUUGGAGUGGAGGAAUUCCACAAUGCGUUUAUGUUGAAUGUGGAAUGCCGGAAGAUAUUAAAAACGGUCGAUAUUCCCUUGCAACAAACGUGACCUACUACGGAGCUGCUUUACAUUACGAAUGCGACGAAAAUUAUCAAUUGGAAGGUCACGCAAGGAGAUUGUGUUUGGAAAAUGGUACCUGGAGUUCUGAAACACCUUUUUGUAAAGAAAUCGAAUGCGGUACACCCGAACGAGAACCAGGUAUGAUAGUUCACGUGACGAGUAAUAAAGUCGGAGGAGUUGCUCAUUAUUCAUGUUCCACUGGACAAAAUAUGGAGGGAAAUAAUACGAGAGUUUGUUUACAAAAGGGAACCUGGAGUGGACGAAUUCCGAUUUGUAUAUCUGUGGAUUGUAAGCAUCCUGGUUCGAUAGAAAAUGGAAGGGUUAUUGUUAUGAACGGUACGACAACUUACAACAGCGCUGUCGAAUACCAUUGCAUACCUCAGUACGAAAGAAUCGGUCCGUACCUUCGUAAAUGCAUGGAAGACGGGACUUGGUCUGGAGAAGAACCACGUUGUGAGCUGAUGCCGGAAGAAGGACAAGCUUCGCAAACGCUUCCACUUGCCAUUGGAAUCAGUGCCGGAAUUGUUAUUUUUCUUCUCAUCAUACUCGGUCUAGUCUAUUUGAGAUUAAGGAAAGCGACUCCCGUCAAAAAUACGGAAAAUAUUGAAGGUGCCGUACGUAAGGAGGAACAAGGUACGGCAGCCAUGUCAUAUUCGACACUGACGGACAGAAACGGGGGUUAUAACGGUCCCCUGCCAAAUAUGUACGAAAACGUUCACGACGAUAGAAUGUACGAUUCGCCGUACGAAGAUUCUAGGAGGAGACAUCAUCCGAGAAGCGUUUCUUCCGAUGGUUCACACUACGAACCAUCACCAGUUGGUAGAAGAAAUAGAAAUAUGGUGACCAUUAACGGAGUUGCCGUCCGGUGA